AUGACCGUCCAAGCGUCUGAGUGGUCGCCGAGCUAUCUGGAUCCCCUCAGGGAGAAACUGGAAGCCGCGGCAACCUGUCGAUUGCAAGGACAACGACAGAGUACUAGUACACCUACAACGACUGCCAGCAUUACCAGUGCUUCUAUUUGGGGAACUUCGGAAGAAGAAGUGGGUCCAUCGAGAAUACUGCAAUCGGGGCCAGCGCCCGAAGAUCUGAAACCCCACUAUAUGUUUGCCGUGGUCCCCAAGCAAUUCAUUGAGUUUUUCGAGCCGACCAAGUUGGGUUGCAUAGAUCACUCGGCUCGCCUGAGUUCUAAAUUGGAGGGUACGACUGUGGAAUGUCUCUACAUUGGACCGGCCGAAGCGGCGGAUCGAGGCAUUGUGCAAGCGCAGAUUGUACAAGACAUGCUCUGGGGCAGCAGCGACGGAGAAGAAGAGCCCUUGCCCAUUGACGGUCUCGCCAUUUCCGUGGUCGAUCCCGAUCUCAUGACUCCCAUUCUACGAAAAGCCAAAGACGAUCUAGGGAUUCCCGUAGUCACAUUUGACAGUGACGCCCCCGAGUCGGGACGGGCCUACUAUGUCGGUACCAACAAUUCCUUCUUUGGUCGGCAGCUGGGACGUCAAAUGGAAGCACUCAAUCCGGGAGGAGGCACAUUUGCCAUUAUUUCCGGAGAAUCCGUCAAUCUACAAGAACGACACAAUGGAAUUCUCAAAGAAUUGGUCGAACAAACGGCGUCCAAUCCGGAUUCGACCUGGGAACAACUCGACGACAGUCCCUUUGAUGCACUCAACAACCAGACGCUGGCACUACAGAAAAUGGACGCUUGGGCAGAGCAAAAUCCGACUGUGCUGCUCAGUGUCACGGGACUUCCCAUGCGCAUCAAGACAUUGGAGGAUGGAACUGUGUAUGCGCCAUGGCAAGAGUUUGUCGACAAGCAUAAAGACCGGGGCAUCACUCUCCUAUCUGCCGAUGCCUCGCCCCAUCAACUCAAGUUUCUAGAGUACGAUUAUGUGAAUGGCCUCGCAGGUCAACUCCCGUACGACAUGGGCAUCAAGAGCAUCGAUGCGCUCUGGUCCUUAUUGGGAGAUCCAAAUGCUGACUUGGGCGACAAUCCAGGCAGCGACACGAUUGGAACCAAUGUCUUGUGGCAUAUACAGAUUCCACUCAAAUUGCCAAAACUGGAAGUUGAAACCAACCGCGUCGGGGGCUUGCAAUACAUUGGAUACACCCUAUUCACCAUUGUCGCAUUGACAGCUCUGGCAUUCAGUGCAUGGGCAUUGAAGUAUCGACGGGUGCGAGUAGUCCGGGUGUCACAACCCAACUUUUUGGUCAUGAUUGCCGUCGGAGUCAUCAUCAUGACGGCUUGCAUGAUUCCUCUGGGGUUGGACGACUACGACUCUGGAGGACUUUGUCAUGAAGAUGGAGAAUUAACCGAACAUGCGGCCCAUUGUCGGGCCAUUUGCAUGAGUGUCCCGUGGUUAUUCAGUAUUGGGUUCACGACUACCUUUAGUGCCAUGUACGCCAAGACGCGACGCGUCAACAAGCUAUUUCGCACACAAUCCGCAUUCACACGAAUACACGUCAAGGAAAAGGAUGUCAUGAUUCCAUUCUUCUUCCUCUUGACCGUUAACGUAACAAUCCUCACGUGCUGGCAAGCCAUCGAUCCAUUGGUGUACCAUCGGGAAUCUACAUUGGCGCGGGACGAAUGGAAUCGAGUUUUGGCCACGUACGGAACAUGCUACAGCGACAAUAUGGUGUAUUUUCUCGUGCCCCUCAUGUUGGUAAACGCGGGCGUCCUGGUCAUGGCCAAUUGGCAAGCGUACGAAGCAAGGAACAUUGAAUCCGAGUUUGCAGAAACAAAAUCGAUUGCAAUCUGCAUGGCCAGUUUGCUCCAAGCUGUGCUCAGUGGAGUCCCGGUACUUUUCUUUGUGAGCGACAUUCCAAAGGCAUUCUACAUGGUCUUUGUGCUGCUUUGCUUCAUUGUGGGAAUGGUGAUUCUGCUUGUGAUCUUUGUUCCAAAGAUUAUCUUUGCCUAUCGAUUCACUUUAUUGUCGCAGAGUACGCAAAGUCGGCACAUGCAAUCCGCAAUUGCCAAAACCGCCAAGGCCGCUUCUUCCAAGGAUUUCUCCAUGCAGUCACAGUCGGAACAAGACCAGAACAAUUUUGGCCCUGGCAGAUGGACUUCUCAUGGAUGGCAAAGCACCGGCUCUCAGGGAUAUCAAAACGAUCUUGGUUCUGAUGUUGUUUCAGACGACUCUGCAGGCUCGUUGAACCACGAUGGGGGCGGUGUACGCCGACGUGCGUCUUUACGGCGAAGCUUCGUUUCCGACCUUGCAAUUAUCAACGACGAGCAAGAGGAAUACGACGAGCAAGAAGAGAAUAAAAAGGAAGGAGGUUUUGACAUGCCAUCCGAGACAUCGGACGAAGGAGACAUGGAAGACCCUACGUCAGCGAAAGCGGCAGCUCUGGAAUACGUGAAAGCGUUGGAAGAGGAGUCAGCCAGAGCGGAGAAAGUAUUAUCCAAAAGCCUGAUAAGGAGGAAGCCUGAUUCUGUACAAACUGCGGCGACAGAGGAAGAUGCUGACGAAACAGAAAACCCGCACGAAGAACCACAGGAAGGUGAGGAGCGCGACAAUGGCGAUGCAGAUCUACUGGAGGACGAGCCGCGCGAAGAAGAAAAAAAGGAAGACUGCGCUGGAGUCGAAUCAAGUACUGCCGCUGAUAUCGAGGCCAACCAGACGACUGAUGGACAGGAAGAAGGACGCGGGGAACAUGUUAUCGAGGCUGGGCCACAGACGACCGAAACGAGUGGGGGGCAGGAAAAUGGCAAUGAUACAAUCCUACAAAACUCACCGCAACAGCCUCGCGAAGGUGAUGAGGAACCCACCGUCUUGGGGACUAAUGGACCAGUAUGA